AUGGCCUCUCUCCUCGAGCGAAUGAGCCGCCCUGCCGGCUCCGGGCCCUCCGUCGGCCCCGUCCGCGCAAAGUCCAACCGUGCCGCAGCAGCCUCCGCCGCCGCGCCCUACGUCAUCGCCCCCACCAGCUUGAACCCGCCCUACGCCUACACCUCCUGCACGACACCGGCCCAGGCUCGCGCUCACAAGACGACAUGCGCAACGCUGGCCGUGCUGCUGCACGCGACGUCAGUGCAUGAAGUCGAGCUUCCCGCGAGUGAGUAGAGCGAAAGGGAGACGCAUACAGCCGUGGUGCUCGCUCCUCCACCCCUCGGCCCGCCUUAUAUAUCACCAUCUCCCUCGCCUGCCCGUGUGCCAGCGCUGCGCACGGACCACGCGGAGCCCGCUACCCGCACGAGUCUCGCCGAGGCCACUCGCGCACGCCGCAUAGAGACCCGCCGGUCGGAAGCCCGCCGCCCCACAACAUCCGGCCAUGCGCCCGCUCCGCCCUACCAAAAGCAAGCCGGGCCACGCUCCCCUGGCUGUCUACCGUGCCAUGCACGCCGUCUCCAAUCGGUCCCUGCCUCGUCGACCAUGGUGGGGUGGUGGGCCGCAAGAGACUGAGUGCGUGCAUCCGCCGCGCCCCCGGGGAUCGUAUAACACGCACAUCGCGCCGAGCGACGCCCGUCGUGACACGGCUGCUCUCACGGAAGCCGCGGCGCGGCGCGGCCCUGCUAGCAGCACGUCAACAUCGGCAAUGACAGCCGUGCGUCGCGUCGCUAGCACCAGACCCGCUUGACCACGGCGGUGCUUCGGUGGCCGUGCGUCGGCGCGCCAUCC